AUGCCAGUCAGGGCCAGGCUUCGCGCGGCGUUCCAGCGCCGCGCCACAGACGACUCAACCGCUGAGGUUCCCGUCGCCGCGACCACUGCAGACAAGCCCGAAGUCUCUCCUGAAGCCGGUAGGGGUGCUGAAGAUGCUGUCGCAAAUCCCCAGGAUGAGAUUCCGACCGAGGACGCGCAGCGUGGUGUGCACGAGGUCGAGGCUGUCACCCUGACCUGGAGCAAGGCGUCGCUGAUUGCCGUUUUCAUCAAUAUCUGGUGCCUCUACUUCGUCAACGCCUUCCAGUCCUCCAUCAUCAGUAACCUGCUUCCCUACGUGACUUCCGACUUUGAAUCGCACUCGCUUCUGACGACCAUCUACGUCGUCGGCGACUGCUUUUCGGCAGCAGUCUUCAUCCCGCUGUCCAAGAUCCUAGAUAUCUGGGGUCGCGCCGAGGGGUUCCUGUUCAUGACCAUCCUCGCGACGCUGGGCAUGGUCAUCAUGGCCGCUUGCCAUAACCUGGCGACUUUCUGCGCCGCUUAUGUCUUCUAUACAAUCGGAUUCAGCGGCAUGACCUACUGUAUUGAUGUCAUCACCGCCGACUCCUCCAAGCUCAAGAACCGAGCCCUCGCCUACGCGUUUACGUCGUCCCCCUACAUCAUCACUGCUUUCGCAGGCCCGAAGGCCUCCGAGGACUUCUAUGCGCUGUACGGAUGGCGCUGGGGUUUCGGUGUCUUCAGUAUCGUGUUCCCCAUCACCGCGGCGCCGCUGUACGUCCUCUUCAAGUUGAAUUUGAAGAAAGCCAAGAACCGCGGCGUUCUUGCUAGGGAGUCCAGCGGGCGCACCUUCCUGCAGAGUGUCUGGCAUUAUAUUAUUGAGUUUGACGCCUUCGGCAUGUUUGUCUUCUCUGCCGGUCUGGUCAUCUUCUUCCUCCCCUUCGAUAUCGCCGACAGCGCCCCCAACGGCUGGGGAACUGGGUACAUCAUCGCGAUGAUCGUCGUGGGCGUUGUUAUGCUGGGCAUCUUCAUCCUGCACGAGGUCUAUAUUGCUCCUGUGCCCAUGCUCAAAUUCAGCUUCCUGUGGAACCGCACCGUCGUCGGCGCCUGCUUGCUCGACGCCACCUACCAGAUCUCCUACUAUUGCUGGGCCAACUACUUCACCUCUUUCCUUCAGAUCGUGAAUAACCUGACACUCGCUGAAUCUGGAUACGUCAGCAACACGUUCGACGUCGUCUCGGGCGUCCUUCUCUUCGGCGUCGGGUUCCUGAUCCGCAAGACAGGCCGCUUCAAGUGGCUUCUUUACAUUGCUGUCCCGCUGUACAUCUUCGCCCAGGGCCUGAUGAUCUACUUCCGCCGUCCGAACCAGACUGUUGGUUACUUGGUGAUGUGCCAGAUCUUCAUCUCUAUCGGCGGGUCGAUCUUCAUCAUCAUCGAGCAGCUGGCUAUCCUGGCCGCCGUGGACCACCAGCACAUUGCGACGGUCCUGGCAAUCUUGAAUGUGGUCGGCACUAUCGGGGGCGCCAUGGGCAACACUAUCUCCGGCAGCAUCUGGACAAAUACAUUCCGCAAGGCGCUUAUUCGGUACUUGCCCGAGUCAGCGAUGCCUGAUCUCGAUAUGAUCUAUGAAGACUUGGCUACCCAGAAGAGCUAUGCCGUCGGGACUCCCACUAGGCUUGCUAUUCAGAAGGCGUAUGGGUAUGCUCAGACGAGGAUGCUGGCCGCUGGUGUGGGUAUCAUGUCUCUGUGCUUCGUCUGGACCAUCAUGAUUCGGAACAUCAAUGUCGGCAAGAUUGCGCAGGUCAAGGGACAGACGGCCGCCUCAAAGCCUAUCUUAACCACCGCAGCUUUCGUUCUCCGCCUACACAACGACAAUACUGCCGCUCUCGCUGUCAAACGUAAGCUUCUGUUCCACACCUCUCAAAAUCUCACAAUGACCAUCGCUAGCUGUUGCGCGGACCAGCAUUCUACCAUCGCGAUCCCCAUCUUCCACAUCAACUCCGUCCCCAUCAAGGAACAGCGAAGCAACUGCUCCAUAACAUCCUCCACAGCUAGCAUUUGCGUGUCUGACAGCGUAUCUUGCCACGGAUUCCGUAACGCCGAACGGCGCCGCAAGAUGCAGGCCUGCGACUUCGCCAGGUAG